AUGUCAGAAGAUACAUUCCAAGCCAGCCAAUAUGUUGGUGAUGAUGUUUGGAACAAUAUUAACUUGCCUCCUGAUGUCUCGGAAACAAGCGACCAUAUGUCAGAAUAUAGCUACAAUGAUGCUGGGGACAUCACACUAGCAGACAUAGCCGAUGACAAUGCUGAACUGGCAAUAGUUGAAAUGAUGCCAAGUGGCCUUGAAGAUUCAGUUGAGAUAUUGGCAUUCAAUCAUGGCAAGCGCAAGGCCUCACCUACUUCUCCCCCACCACGUCUGCGGCAACGGGUGUCAUAUGAACAUCAGAGAUCAUCAGCUAGUCUCAUGAGUCCAUUGCCAGUUAUUAUUGCAUCCCAUCAGCGAAUUCAGCAGUGCAUGCUCAGGCGUGGGGUACUAUAUGGUGCUCAAUAUGAAAUAUGGAGGCUGGUAUCCAACCAGUGCAUUUCACCUGAACACAUUUCUAUGGAGAUGCUGGACAAGCUGGCGGCCAAGCAUUCAAGUGCUGAAGCAACUUCUGCUGUUGCUACUGUCCUUGGGCUUACCAGUGAGGUUGAGGAUAGCAAAUCUUACUUGGCUGCCUAUGCAAAAGAGGUAAAUGCAAAGUCUCCUUGGGUGGAGUUUGAUUGGGAGGAGGAGGCCAUACAGAAGGAUCAAUAUGCUUGUCUAGGCCUUUCUGAUGAUGGGCGUUAUGGAGGCAAAAUCAUUCUGGGAGGCAAGUUGGAUGACUCCACAAACAGUAUCAAGCUUGACCGAGCUGAGCUUGGAUCCUCAUCUCGCUUUUUACGUCGCUUUGGCUCACGACAUUUCCUCCGCAUCAAGAUCCCAAGAAAAUGUACCUUAAAAGGUGGUGAUCUUGUUCACUUUUUCUUAAGACCUUUCAUUCUUGGUUCAGAGGUGUUUCGGGCUUUUUAUGCCAAGGAGGACAAUGUCUUCCUCUUCAGCUGCAGUGAAACCUGGGAUGGACUUCAUAUUAGGCCUGCACAAUCCCAGGACUUCUCUUUGAUGGAUUUUAUGCUCUGGCACAAUCCACUGGAGGUUAACAAAUCUCAGACCAUGACAAAGUGGGCAGCUCGUUUUGCACUGGGCCUUUCAAAUUCUGCUCCUGGAUGUUGGCUUCAACCUAAGAACAUUGUAGCCUGUUCAGAUCUUGAUGUCUGUUCAUCAGAAGGGUCAGACAUGACAGAUGGUGCCGGCUUCAUCAACCUUGCUGGUUUACACCAGCUAUAUCACAAGUUUGGGUGGAGUCGCAUGCCAACAGCCAUCCAGUGCCGUGCUGGUGGGGGUUCAUUGGAUGAUAGACUUGGGGAUGCAAAAGGCUUGUUAAUCCUUGAUAUCCAUGAUCAGCUACUAGAGCCAAGAAUUCAAAUUCGGCCUUCUCAAGUCAAGAUCAAGCAUACUGCUUCAUCUCACCAUGAUCCAUCCUGGCAAGUCAUUGAUGUUCUUCGUGCAUCCCACUCCCACUCCCCUUCCAGACUUUCAACAGAAACCAUUAUCAAUCUGGCUGAGAAUGGGGUUCCUGCUCAAGCAUUCAUCAAUCUUCUCAAGGCAAGUCUCAAGGCUACCAUUGACCCUCUUCUCCAAUGGGAUGGGCCUGAUGCCAUGCUGGAUCUUUGGAGCACUAUUGCUCAGGUUGGUGGGGUCAUGGCUGCACGACUGGCCAGAGAGAAAAGAGGUGAGGCUCGGUUACAGGGGUACUCUAAUGGGGAGGUGGACUUGGAGAUGGAUGAUGAAGAUGGCCUCCACCAGUUUGACUAUGCUAUCCAGCAGCGAUCAACAGCCUGGUGGGCAGACCCCAUUAGUGGGUGCCCAUCAUCACUGGAGGAGACAGUAAUGUACCUGCUAGAGGCUGGCUUCACUCCUCAGAAGCUACCUGUUCUGAAGGAGAAGCUGGAGAAGGUCAUCAAGCCAGCCAUCAAGAGGCAUAUCCAGAGUUAUCGCAUUGAUGUGCCAAUGUCCUUGACUGCAUUCAUCAUUCCAGAUCCAUGUGGUAUUCUUCAACCUGGAGAGGUGUAUUUCAAAGCAUCUCACCAGAACUUGGCCUCUCCAUCUGGUAUUGACACUGAUCUUAUACUUGGUGAUGUCCUGGUCACCAGACAUCCUUGCAAACUUCCUACAGACACACAAAAAUGGAAAGCUGUCAAUUAUCCACAGCUAUCCCAUCUUGUUGAUGUCAUCAUCCUUCCCAUUCUUGGUUCACGUAGAGCUGCUGAUUUUCUAGCAGGAGGUGACUACGACGGAGACAAAGCUCUGCUGAUUUGGCAGCCUGAAGUUGUUGAGCAUUUUGUCAAUGCUCCGCUUCACUUCUCAAUAGAGCCUCCUGAGAUCAAGGCUGCCUUCUUCAAGGAGAAGAAAACUGUCACUGACUUCUUGGAGGAAACAAAGGGCUCAUCACCUGAGGAGAUUCAACUCAAGCUUCAGCAAUACCUGCUUGGAGCACUCAACCAGCCUUCCUUGGUUGGGCAGUACUCAAACUUCCACCUUAACUCCAUUUAUGUUAAUGGGUACCAGCACCCUGAGACGAUACGACUUGCUUACAUGUUCUGCAAGGUGCUUGACUCCUCAAAGUCAGGCGAGCAAGUCCUACCAUCACAGAUCAAGCAUGACUCGAAGCUAUACAAUAAGCGACCACCUUUCUGGAAGGAGACUGAAGAAGAGCGAAGCCGCCACCAGACGAACGAGAUCAACCUUGUCCGGCCAAAGGAAUUCCAUGGUAAAGAGUUCAUCAUGGAUACGAUCUACAACCAGGCCAGGGAAGAAGGACGACUCGCCCAACAGCGCAUCGAGCAGGCAUUCGCAGCCCUGCCGAAGGAGCACGUCGUCGAUUUGGAUCUUCAGCAACCAUGGAGGCAGGCGGAGGCGCUGGGCAAGCAGAUGGCCUCCCGGGGGUAUAUGGAGCGAGCUGAGGACCUGGAGAAGAUCAAACGGCAUGUAGAAACGAUGUAUAGGGAGCAUAGGAAGCAGGUGAAGCCGAAGAAGGAAGGGGAGGACUUUACCGGUAUUCCAAUCGAGGCGCGACAGGACACUCUGCGAUCCCUCUCACGACAAUUUGCUUCCUCCCCCAGCUCAGCAGAUCUCCCCAGCUUCGUCGCAGCUGAUCAGCCAACAACGUCAAUAUUCAGCAACGAAGAAGUCGCAUUAAUCAAGGCUUCGUACGCUUAUAUCUUCGAUCACCAAGAGAACAACACAAGAAAAGGAUGGACCAGAUUCCCUUGGGACGUCGCAAUGCGGGACCUGUGCCAUAUCAAGGCCAGAGCACUCGGACCCCACAAAACCGUCUCAGAGGACUUUCACGCUCGGUUCCAGGUGAAGAAAGCGCGCCGCUAG